AUGCUGCUCGUCAACCGCACCUUCUUUUUCCGCUACUCUUCACCUUUACGGGCAUUGGUGACGUUUUCAGUCGUGGCCUAUCUAUUUUACCUGGUGUCAACACUGUCGGGCUACGUUUCUCAAACACCGGCUCCGAGGGAGAGGCCAGCCAUAAUCCAAAUGAAGGAGGAGAAAUGGAAACAACAGCAUGGUCAGGAUGUACCGGCCGGGCUGUCGGUGCAGAUUUUGACGGUCACGACUACGUUUGUGGAAGUGCAGACGAAGACGAGGACUGUCCAGGCGCCUCAAGCAACGGUGACGAAAGAGGUCAUGAUCAAGCCUAAACCGAAGCAGUUGUUGAGAGGGCUUCCGACUGAAUCAUUUCAAGAUAAUCUGUUACCAGAGGUGCAGUACGUUACAUCGUGGACGGGUAGCGGUUUCACGAACGAUGUUAUGACAUUCGUCAGUGAUUUUCCAUUUCCUGUCGAUUUCUCUCUCAUCCAUUUGAAGAUUAAUCUCAUUUAUCUCGGAUUACUAACGCAACGAGUACCUGUUCUCCCCCAUUUUGCACCAACACACGUCGCCGUCAAUCUAGGGGGAACGCAUACUGGUCCAGGAAUUGACUUUGGAGAGGUCUUCGAUAUUCCACGAUAUGUCGAGUUGACCAGCCAGCCCUUAUUGGAGUGGUGGCAAAUCAAGGAUCGUAAAAGCACUACCCUUGAUCCGCUGGGUUGUUGGAAUGUUUGGGAGUCUGUGAGCCCGAUGAACAAAGGACCCCAUUGGACCGAAAGCCCAUAUCGGCUAAACUUGGAUGUUUCGUAUGUGACUGCACCGAGCUGGAUCAAACAUGCUCCGGAAGAUCCAGAGAAUUUGCACACCCGUUUCGCGGCCCUCAUGUCACUUGGAUUCCCCACUCGGCGCAACAAAUCCUUGAUGGCAGCGUCAGAGUCUCCUCAGCCAGACGAUCAUAUGCUCUGCUUCGACAACAUGUAUUGGGCCUGCGAUCUUGAGCCACAUGAUAUGGUGGAGGACUGGAGUGCUUCUUGGAGACUGGUCGGACAAUAUUUGCAUUGGACGCCCAAGAUCGAGGGCUUGGCGGACAUGUACCUCAGACAUGCCUUUGGCAUCUCGAGUAGAACCCCAAUUCCGCCAUUCAUUGCCAUCCACGUCAGACGGGGCGACUUUGCUGACGCAUGGCGGUGCGAAAAUGCUCCGACCGAAGAAUGCUUUGCCCCGAUUUCUGCAUAUGCUCGGAGAGUUAAUGCUAUGAAAAGGGAAAUACUCGAGACCAAGGGGAUCACCGUCAAGCACGCCAUGCUUUUGUCCGACGAAGAGGACGAGAACUGGUGGAGGCAGGCAAUGGGGACGUAUGGCCCUGAAGGUUGGGCACGGGCCAACCACGUCGAGCUGGAAACGGCGAAGAUGUAUGGAGCCUGGUAUCCAAUCUUGAUUGACGCGGCGAUUCAGAGCCAUCGGAUGUCGAUGGGUAUUGUGGGCACGCAUACGUCCACUGUGUCGAUUCUGGCGGGCAAGAGGAUCGGUAGCUGGAACAAUGGGGCGCCGGUGCAGUUUGUCAAAUGGGGGAGGUGGGGACCGGACGACGGUAUGUAA